AUGUCAAGUCCAGUUGGAUCUGCAAAGAGUCAUGGAGAAAAUUCUAGUGGCCCUGAUGACAACGUUAAUGGGAAUAACCAACAACAGUCACCGGCGAAAAGAAAGCGUUUGACUCAAGCAUGCGACGCGUGUCGUAAGAAAAAGGUCAAGUGCAGCGGCAAAAAGCCUUGUGAUAACUGUACGCGACUCGGUACGGUCUGCACAUACUUACCAAGUACGAGAAAGAGAGGCCCUAGAGUGGGUUUGGUGGAGAGUUUGGAAAAACGGUUGCAACAAAUGGAAAGGCUUUUACAGCCGUUAAAAGAACAAGGAUUGGUGGAUGAAUCGGAUGGUCAAACAUUUGAGCACACAGUAAAGAAACCUCGAUUAAAUUCUGCCGAACCAUAUCCGGCAGGUAAUUUUUCCGACACCGAAGACAAUCAAUUCUAUUCAAAUCAUAAUUCAUCAGAACUGGAUACACAGCAUAAAGGACCUUCCAAGGAUACAAAAUCACCUUCAAAUUUCCACUCAUCUCCAAACCAAUUCAAUAAUCCUAAUUAUACUCCCUCCGAACAAAAGCAUCAUACCUUUUCUCAAUCAGAACUCAUAAAUUACUUAUUGCAAUCGCCUCAAUCCACCAUUUCUUCGCCUCAAUUGUCCACGCCUGUUGAAAAUCAAUCGCCUGUGAUAAGUCAAGAUAAAUUUAGUGAAGGGUCUCGGGACGAACCGGUCCCUUUAAUAAAACCGGAUAUUAGUGAUGAAGAGACAGAAAUAUUUUUCGGGAAAACCGCUGCUUUCCCAGGGUUUCGCGGUGCAGGGGAACUUGCUAAAUGUCACGAGAAGAUACAAGUUUUCGAGGAAUCUCUUCAAAAGAAAUCAUUCACCGAUACGACUUCAGAACAAAUCACUCCAACUACGAGCCCUUAUUCGCAUGUUCCUUCAGGGUCAUCGUUAAUGUCGAGUAGGCUAAUUGACUUUCCAACUAAUGACAUAGUAGAACACCUCACCUCAUGUUUUUUUCGGUCUCUCGAUGAUCAAUUUCCCAUGUUUCACCAGGCGACCUUUAAGCGUCAAUUGCGGCAAGAGAAAGUUCCUCCUUUUCUCAUUCUUUCUAUGUGUGCCGUGAGCGCAAGGUUUUCCGAUCAUCCCAUGAUUAAAACAUACCCACCAUAUCUGUCAGGAGAAGGCUUUGCAAAUCUCGCAACUCAGAGGAUAACCUCAGCAUUUGACGCUCCUUCUGUUGAAAACGUCCAAGCACUUAUUCUACUUACCAUGCAUACAUUUGGUUCACAAAAAGGGCCAAGAUCAUGGAUGUAUAUUGGAAUAGCGAUAAGAAUGGCCCAAGAAUUAGGAUUGCAUAAAAUUGAUGAACCUGACCCUUCAAAUACUUCAAACCAAAUGGAUUCCGAGUCCGCUUUCAUCAAGAAAGAGAUAAAAAGGCGCACUUUCUGGGCAUGCUUCAUGUUAGAUAGGUUUUCCGCAUGUGCCUUGGGUAGACCAGCAGUGAUACAUGAGGAGGACUGUGAUGUUCGACUCCCAUGCGUAGAAUCAAUUUGGACCAUAGACCAUCCUUUUACAAGCCCAGCGAUUAACGAAUACCUAAAGGAAGAUUAUAUAAAACGGGAUACUCACUUUAAUCUUUCCACAUCUGGAAUUUAUUCGAUUUUUUGUAGCGUCUUCAUUCUGCUAGGCAGAGCGUCCCAGUAUGCCAAUCGUUCUAAGCCAACGAGUGCUCUUCCUACCUGGGAUCCACAAUCCGAAUACGCGAUUCUAGAAAAUGAGAUAGAAGAUUGGUAUCGAAAGAUAACACCGUAUUACGGAUAUUCUAAAGAGAGACUGAACACAUUUAAUUCCAUUGGAUAUGGUGGACUAUUCGCAUCCUUGCAUUUAUUGUACUACGCAGUCGUUGUGGUCCUUAACAGGCCUAAUUACGUGAAACUACAGAAUGAAGAUUACCCAAUAAUACAUAGCAAUUUUAUAGAAAAAUCAGCGGCGAAAUGUAGCACUGCUGCAACGCAUGUUAGUUCUAUGGCCGCGGACAUCAUUCAACACGCGAUACAUCUAAAGUGUCCUUUUACAUUGUAUCCAGUCUUUGCAACGGCAACCAUUCAUAUUAACGACUCAUAUAACGAAGACAUUAAUAUUGCAAAUGCAGCCAAAGAAAGUUUGAAGAUACACAAUAAAUACAUGUGCGAUAUCGGACCGAUUUGGGCAAUGGCCAACAAAAUGUGUCAGAUGGUGAAAGAGAUGUGCAACUUACAGUCAGAUACACCUAAGGCGGCAUUUUUUUUCGAUGGUGAGAAACGAAAACGUCGUACCCAACCUAGAACCGAAUUGUUGUCACCAAGCACUGAUGCAGGUUUAAUGGCAUUCUGGAAUCGUACUAACAGCAAUCCUCCAGACACCAAUAAUAAUUUGAUGGUUACAAUGGGCUUCCCCGACCAGUUAUUGUCCCCACGGUGGUUUUUGAAUGAAUCGAACGAUAAUUUGAUGGUUGGUGAUCCGUGGGUGAAUUUCCUUCGAUCGCAAUCGUCAGUUACACCCGGAAGUUUGAUACGGUACACUAAAAAGGAGAAUGGAGAAAAUGAAGAAGAUUACUUCUCUCAAUUCAUGUCGACAUAUAAUAAUAACUCAUCGUAUGUUUACGAACCCUCUAAUUUCGACAUGCAAACUAUUCCCGAGUGGUUACCGGGAAGGUUCAUGCAUCCAAAUCGUCAAACCAUCAAGCAAUGGACCGACGCAGACUCAAUAAUUCCAGAUUCCAUUGUUCAAAUUCCUUUGUCAUCGUCGAACAUAGACGAUCAGGGUAGUAGUAGAGAGUUUAAAACCACGAAUUCGCAGAGAGUAAACGACAUUCGUUUGGACCCAUUUAUUCGUUAG